UGAACGCUUGAACAAUAUCUUGCCAGUUUGUAGUACUUGGUUGCUGAAAACACAUCUGCCCCAUUAUCUUCCAUUGGGACUUUUGUGCUGCCAGAGUUUUGUUUUUUAGAAAAGAUAAAGUCCUUAAAGGAGAGAACUAUUGGAACUCAUGAUCAUUUCUUUAUGCUGGAGUUUCAUGUUCGCUUUCCGAUUACGAGAUGUAUUGCCUUUUGCUGUUGAUCCUCUUAUUUUGCGACAAGGUGAAAAGUCAAGAUAAUGUGUUCACUAUCAAUAAAGUUUCACUCCAGGCUUUUCCACAAAAUGAAGUGCGCAAUGGAGAAUCACUCAUCCUCAACUGUUCUGUGGACAUUAGCAAGAAUGAACAUUUCCGAUUGAAUUACACAUUUUCAUUUUUCAAGGAUGGUGAGCUUCUGUCCACUAACACAGUUGAACAAGAUAGCACCCAGUAUACAAUCUCACAGGCUAGAUUUUCUUCUUCAGGAGACUAUGAAUGUUCAUUAAAUGUUGAGGAGAAAAAAAAAUCCAGUGAUCCUUUGCUCGUUAAAGUUGAAGGCAUAAUGAAGCCAAUAUUGAGUGUCCAGAGAACUGCAGUGAUGGAAGGUGAAAAUGUACUUUUACGCUGUGAAGUGCCAGAAGAAAAGCCACCUUUGUAUUUCACAUUUUAUAAAACUGCACAGUCUGCAAAUGGAGUUGUACAUGAGAGGAAACGAGCAUCGCAACAUGAAAAUUUUGUUGAGUUAGAAUUUCCCAUCGAUGCCGGAGACAAUAUUUUAUAUUUUGAAUGUGCUGUCCAGAUGAAUUCAAUGGAAGGACCUCAAACUUCCAAGCGCAGUAACCGAACCAUUGUCACCGUUACUGAACCAUUUUCUGUUCCUAAAAUAGCCAUCGACCCACCACAGAAUAUUACCGAAGGGGAUAAGAUCUGCAUAACAUGUUCAACUGUCCUACUUCGCCAGGAUCAAACUGAAAUUAUCUUGCAGAAAAAUAAAACAAUUCUGAAUAGCACGAAGGGCAGAGAGACCCUAACAUAUUGCAAGGUAGUCAAGAUGGAAGACAAUGGCAAUUAUAUUUGCAAAGUAGAGCAUGGAAGUGUAUCUAAAAUCGACAAAAAAGAACUUGUGGUGGCUGAACUGUUUUCCAAACCGAUGUUAGUGGUUAAUAAAACAAAGUGGGAUGAAAACAGCAUUGUACAAAUUCAGUGUCAAGUGAACAGUUCAAUGCCGAUCAGUCUCUCGCUCAUAAAGGACAACAAAAUAUUGGUAAACUCCAGCAAUUACAGGGCUAAAUUCCGUGUAUCUGACAGUGGAGUUUAUAUGUGUAGAGCAGAGAUAAACAACAUUUCCAAGGAAAGCGACCCAGUGUUUAUCUACGUUUAUGCUCCAGUUUCUCUGCCUGUCCUUUCUCAACCAUUUUCCCAUGUAGCUGUACUGAAGAAGUUCUUUGUCUUACAAUGCUACUCGAAGUUUGGGACUUUGCCUAUCACAUACACCCUUUACAGAGGGAAUACAUAUAUCAGCCAGAUUAAGACAAAAGAAAACAAAUCAGUAAAUUUUACGGUCAAAGCCUCUAGCAUCCAUGAGUCUGGACAAUACAGCUGCCAUGCUAAGAACGGCCAUUCUUUUUCUCAACAAAGCAAAGGGCUAAAUGUCACAAUAAUAGCUCCAGUUGUUAACAUAACUUUUGAAAGGAAACCACAGGAGAACAUAGAAGAUGGCAGCGAACUCGUAUUUUUCUGCUCGGUUGACUCAGGAUCCUUCCCUAUUGAGUUCCACUUUUUUAAAGAAAAUGAUGGCAAAUCCUUAUAUCAGGUCAUAGAAAAGGAAAAACUGUCAGUUUUUUGGGAAAAGAGACGCUUCACAAGCCAGGAUGAAGGGAGUUACUUCUGCAGAGCUGACAACCAAGCAAAAUCUUUUGUGGAAAGCCAAAAGAUCCUAGUCAAGGUUGUCAUGGCUUCAUGGAAGAAAGGACUUAUUGUAACCACAAUCCUCCUGAUUUUUCUUGCUGCUAUAAUUACAAUCAUUUGGUUGAAUUGUCGUUUGAAAGCAAAGGCAGAAAACAUUUCUACGGAGUUAGCUGUAUCCAAAAGAGCAACCAAUUCAGUGGAUGGGAAACUGACAACAGGACAUAAUAAUGAAGGAGAAUUCUAUUAUGGUUCAGGGUAUAAUGAAGAUGGUGAAAAAAAUCACAUCAGUGCAAAAGAGGAUAAUAGAGGAUCUGACAUUGAGGAUCCUGAAGUGGAAUAUACAGAAGUACAAGUAUCGGUGCCUGACCCUUACCGAGCUCCUGUAACGAAUAAUGAGACAGUUUAUACUGAAAUCAGAAAAACUAUUAACGAUGCUGAGGAGAACAGACAUUCUAGAAUAGAACCUUCUCCUGAUGGGACUUAGGAAAAGAUGGCAGAGGAAAUCCGUGAAAACAAGAUGGAGGAUGUCCUACCAGUUCCAGUUAUUCUGCAGCAUUUAGGUGCUUUCAGAAGUCGCACUUUGCUUGAGCGGUUGGUAACCCCUGUGGGGUGAACCGAGCAUCUACAGUAUACAGUACUUUUGCUGUUUGCCAUUGCCAUCCCAUAACCUAGUGAGGCACACUUUCCAAAUGUUUGUUCCAUAUUUUUUUAAUGCCAUUCUUAAAUGGAAGCAUGUAUUUACAAGACGUAUUUGCCAUCUUGGUUGGUUGUUCUGAAUCUUUCAAGCCAGAAAAUAAACCUGCCAGAUACAUUAUCUGGUAGUGACUUCCCUGUCCUAGAAAACCAUGCAAGCAGUCUAGCAAUGAAGUUGCAGGCACAAACACUGCUGGUGUUUCAAAUUUCAAAGCAGUGGCUUCCAGAUUGAAAUGUGGUCUACACAAAAAUGUCUUUCACAUGAGAAAGCAAAACAUUGUCUAACAUUUCAUGUCACUUUUGCACCAUCGAUGAAAUGUGUCAGUUCUCCUUGGCCAGAUAAGUGGUAAGAAAUAUUUAAUCAUGUGCCUGUCUCCUGUCACAAAUAUCCGUUCGCAAUGGACCAUAAAAAUGCCCUUAAAGGAGCUGCUAUUUGAAAUGUGCAAUUAGAAAGAGCUAUUACUUGCUCUAACAAAUAGCUCUCCCAUUACAUCUGACUCCUCAGAGCUGGACAUGUCCCAUAAGAACCAAAUGCCAUUCUGACAAUAGCUUUUAAAUAAGUACAUCUGUGCAAAGUGUUUGAUCCCCCCACCUCCAAGAAACUAAUCAAUUGCGGUGCAGCCUUGAAUUUUAAUUGCUGCUUGUCAAAUAAUCUCAAAUAACUUCUUUGAACUCUAAAAUUCUCUUGGCUGGUGAGCUGCUUGGUUAUGCCUAGAAAAUCAAGGCCUGACAAUAAUCAUGAUAGUAAUAUUUAAUGUACACAUCACUCUAAUGCAUGAUUUACUUAAUCAUGGUUUCCUAAAUUACAAUUAUUUUUUUUUAAAUUUGAUUUAUAUGCUGCCCUUCUCCGGAGACUCAGAGCAGCUUACAGUGUGUUAAGCAAUAGCCUUCAUACUUUUGUAUAUUUAUACAAAGUCAGCUUAUUGCCCCCACAAACUGGGUCCUCAAUUUACCUACCUUAGAAAGGAUGGAAGGCUGAGUCAACCUUGAGCCUGGCAAGAUUCGAUCUUACUUUAAUUGCAGACAGCUGGUGUUAAAUUACAGUGCUUCUGUCUGUUGAGCUAAACCAGGCUCAAAAUUGUGGGAUUUGAUUCCCACAAUAUGCUAAGCCAUCACCCCCAGCCUAUGAUGAAGUAUUCAAUAAGCCAAGGUUAAGUGAUACAUACUGUAUAUAAUACUGACACAGUGCACAGAUAUUAGACUAAACAAAUAUGGGGACAAAACAGUAUCAGGAUCCUGUUUCCUAUCUGUUUCCCCAAUGCACAUUCAACAUAAUCAGUGUUCAUAGGAUCUUGAAGCAAUGACUAUGUGUAUGUAUUGUUAUUUCAAAAGUUACAAAAAAAUAAAUGGAAGAAUAGCUAGUUGGCAUGACCCCAUGGUAUCUGUGGUGUCCAUUCAGUCUAUUCUAAGGUAGCUUUUGCAUAAAUCAGUGGCUCUAGGAUAGAGGUGUCAAACUCACGGCCAGAUGCGUCACGUGCUGGCCACGCCCACCCCCAGUUUAACGAAGGGGGGAAAAGUCCCAAUAUGUCACGUGACAACGAUGUGACAAUGUUAGUUUGACACCCUUGCUCUAGGACAAUUGCAGCAUUCUUGAUUCUCUGCCAUGUUGGCUGGGCCUGUGGGAAUGGCUGUUUAUCCUGAUUGGAGAACCACAAGUUUUCCAACAUUGUCUUACUUUCUUGAAACAAUCCUUGGACCAUAUUUGCCUAUAAGCUGCUGAUUUUGCCAUUGCUUCUUCUGAGGAGCAAAUCUCUGGAGAGCAAUUUGCCACUGGAAUAAAUUAUCCACAUUCGAGUCUGAGUGAAGUUUUGUCGUUCAAGUUUACCUCAGUGUUAACUGAUGGAUAGAAUGAACUCCGAUGUUACUUUGUAAUAUGUAUUCCACAUGGCUUUCAUUUAAGUGCAUUGUAUUGAGUUAAAGGCAAGAAAGAUUUUGGCAUAAUCUACUGUGCCAGUACAAAUGCAGGAUUAGCCGUAUUGAAAGAAGCUAGUGAACAAAUCCUCAAAGAUAAUUCUUUAAGAAAGUAAGCUUUGCUUAAAAAUCAAGAUAAAUGCCUCAGUGGUAAAAGCAGUUCAAAAUUAAAUCUAUUAUGGAGACAGAUAGUAGCUUCUCCUUUAUUCAAGCAGAUGCUGGCCCAACACUUAAGGAUGCUGUAGCUCUAGAUCUCCUGAACGCAGCAGAAGGUUGGACCUCAUGGUCUACAAGAGCUUUUGUUUUUAUGAUAUCUCUGAUGAAAUCAUGCUGCAGAAUCUUUGCAAAAUCCCUGAUCAAUUCAUAUUUCAUUGGUGUUUAGGAACAAGCACAUACACAGAAUCCAACAUAACAAAGAAAAAAACAUUACUAUUGGUAAAACACGAAUAAAUCCUAAUGUACCAUAAAGUCAAGUGUUAAACUUUUUUUUCUGUUAAAUGGUCUGUAAACAAACAUUGUGAUUAUUCUCAUGGUCUAGAUUCGUGACAUCACUUCUAACAUGAAGAACAGUAUCCAUGUUUCAAGAAACUUUAUUGUGACUCAUAGAAAGAGUGAGUCUAUUUAGGUCCUCAUUAGCAAAAUAUUAAAAUGCUGUACCCCAGCUUUUAAGCACAACAUGAAAUCAUGCUGCAGAAUCUUUGCAACAUCCCUCUUGAUGUGCAUACAAAAUCCAGACCAUGCUUUCUUAUUCAGAUGUUAUUCUAUAUAAUUUGAUGUGGUAUUUUAUUAAAGAAAUAAUUUGAAUGCCA